AUGUACGUCUGGCAGAACAAAGAUCUGCCUGCGGACCCCGACUUCCCUGCGGAUCUCAAGGGACUGGGGUGUGUAUCUCCAAUGACUCCUAGUUAUCAUCACAACUCACAAACGCAUCCCAGAUUCCACAUCAACGACAAUGACCAGAUUCGGCAGAUCGCCAACCCAGAAGAAGGUUACAAAUACAAGGUCAACCGCAACGACCGUUUCAACGUCAGGUUCCGCGAAUCCCUCAAUGACUGUAUCCGGAAAACCAUCGUCGAUCGCCUGAAGAAUGCUGGCUUGGAAAUCCUCCGUCUCCCCCUUGGCAGAGAUGAACUUGAAAGUCACGUCCCAAUCCUCACAACGCCGAAUCUUGCCCAAAAGUCCCGCAUCCUUGUUGUCGUCGGCGAACCUGUCCAAGACCUCGGUGUGUGGGCUUACCGGUCCAUUCACGAGGGCAUUAACUUUGGGUCAGCAAUUGAUUUCACCAAAGCUGUGCUCGGUGACGACAAGAAAAAGGACUUUGGCCUCGUUAUUGCCAACACUGGACAGUUGACUUGGCACUGUGCUUCGCAGCGUGCUAUAAGCCAGCAGACCUGGCUUGCAACUCCUCGUCCAUAUGCGAACUGGGGCCAGGCCACCAUGAGCUGGCGGAAUAAGAUCCCCAGUAACGGUGAUUGGCAAGAGCAUGUCCAGUAUGUCUUCGAGAAGGUCUUGUGGCCAGCUGUGGGAAAGGACACUCGCAUCGAUAUCAUCGGCAUGUCUGAGGGUGGUCUGGGAGCUAUCAGAUACCUGCAGAAAGACUGGCACGUCUGGAAACCUUAUAUCUCCGGCAUCUGUCUCGGAGACCCACAGCAGACAACUAGUACUGACAUCGACAUGGGAACUUUUACGGAUCCCUCGUCUUUUACUUCAUUCCUGGCCUCACGGUGCCGCGCAUAUCUCCUUUCCUCUACUCCUCUCGGGAGUCGUAUGGCUGGCUACCGGCUGUAUGGCUGUAACUGCUACUCCUCAGGCGAAGGUCUGAACAUCGAGUGCAUUAUUCCUGCCUCAUGGAGAGACAUGCUUAAGUGGCUUGAUAUGCUAGCCAAGAAUCCGGACUAUUCGGAGCAUGUCAUGCUGCGUGCUGAAGAUAUGGAUGAGGAGAUGUGCCGUGCGUUGGAUGAACAGGUGGAGAGUGGAAAAGAGGCCAAAAAGGACGCUGGCAAGAACAGAGACGAAGAAGGCAAGGCCGCGAAUAUCCAGUGUCAGCAGGAACUGAAGGCUGCUGCGGAGGCGAUGCAAAACGAAGUUGUCAAUCUCGGGGAGUACGAACUGAAGGUUACGGAUAAAGCGCCCGAAUCUGACAGUAUCAAGUCAGACAGCAUCGAGAAGGAGGACCCUGUGGUCGAGAUCACCCAAAUUGUAGAUGAGCUGAAGGUUACUGGUCCAGCGGUCUGA